ACACCGUAGAAACUCUCUCCCCCUCUCUUUCCUUCUCUCUCUCUCCUCUCUGUCACCCAAACUAAAGUCGAAAGCUUUCUCUCGCCUUCCAAAUCUGGCCAGAGCUCGACGCGCUUCCGACUUUCUGUCACCGCCGGCGGUGCUUAUCAUGCUCCAGCCAUAGUCUUCUCUAGCUUGGCCCCACCAAAGAUUCACCCCAAAUCCCAGGAUGGGCCCUGAGUUAGAUGUGAAGCCAAAGUCAGAAGCUUCAAUGAAAGCUUCGGUUCAGAAGGAGAACACAAGUCUCCAUCAGGAUCCAAGAGAUGAGUUCUUGCCUUGUGUGAGUAAUUACAAGGACGAGACCUUUGAUGUGGAAGCAUCACUGGUGGUUAAACAGACCACCCCACCUGAUAUGACUGAGAAUGAGGAGCUAAACAUAACUGACACUACUCAUUCGCCAAAUAUUGAUGUGGUUCAAACUGAUUACAUAGAUGAAAUUGAGAAUUCAAGCUCUUUCGGCGAUACAGUAUCUGGGGCAGAGGAGGAUUCCGUGUUAAAUGGCGAUGAAGCUCAGUCACGGUUGCAUGGUGACCAUGCUUCGGUGUCAACGUACGACGCAUAUUUCGGUGAGUUUCGAAUGAGGAAGAAGAAGUUGACGGCUCAUUGGAGAAAGUUUGUACGUCCGCUUAUGUGGCGGUGUAAAUGGAUGGAGCUUCAAAUUAAGGAGCUUCAGUCCCAAGCGAUGAAAUAUGAUAAAGAACUUGCAGAAUUUAGUGAAAGAAAGGAGUUUGAGUUUGGAAGGUUCGCAUUAGAAGGUCUUGAUGCGAAAUCACUUCCAUUUUUGAGUCAAUCUGGAAGAAAUAAAGUCAUGAAGAGGAAGAAAAGGAAGAGAGUUGAAGAGGUAGUUGAUGUAGUGUCAUACAUGUCACAGCAUAACUUGUUCUCCUAUUAUGAAAAUAAUAAGUCUGUCCCUGACAUUGCUUCUGUGCAUGAUGAUUUUGGCAAUCUAGGUAAGACUACUUAUCCCAAUGAUGAAUUGGGGACAAAUGACGGAUUCUCUUUUGAGUUUCAAGAUGGCGAUAGUUCCUUUGAGGAUCUUUUCCAGAAGAUUGAAACGAUACAAUCACGGGUGCGAGAGUUGAUUUCCCGAGCGGAAAAGGUGGUUUCUGGAAACUUGGGAAAUACUUCUUCGAUUAAUAGGUCUAGCCGCGUUGCAACUCUAAAUGCACCAGUCAGCACUGCUCAAAAUCCUGCUGCUCCUGAAAGUGGUAAUGGAUUACAAGUUGAUUCUCUCUGUAUUGCAACUCAGCGCGCAUCAUCAGAGCGCAAUAUGGGCGACCUGCUUAUGCUUGAGAGUGCAGUUUCAAGUCAUGGAGAGGUGACCCCUCAUUCUGAAACGAUUGGAAGCACGGAUCAGCUUCAGGUUGGACACUUGCUUGCAAAUACCGAAGACGAAGUGCUGAUAGACAAUGAGCAUGCCAAGGAAGAGUUGCACGAUUUUGAGAAGUUGAGAGAUCAGCUCGUGGAGAAGCCUCAAGUAUCAGAAGAAAAGAAACAAGAAAAGCCUUCUCUUCUGGUUUCAGAAGCUGCUACGACCUCAAAAGCGGUUGUGGGAUCUAAUAUGAAGACAAGAUAUGGUGGCAAGCGAAAGCCUGCCUUAAGAAGAUGAAGUUGGAGAUCCUCAGAUUAGCUUUAAAAGGUAAUUGGGAAGAUUACUUUGGACUGAUAGUUUUGAGCACUAAAAGUGUCAGCGGCUAGCUCUGUUUAAUUCCAACAUUGUAUAUUCUAAACAUAUAUAUUUAAAUAUAUAUAUAUAUGUAUACACACAUAUAUUUUCUGCUGUAAAUUGUGUUUCUCUUUCUCUCUGUCUCUGAUGAUGUAAAAAGGAUUUCCACUGUACAUGCUGCUAAUGCUGCAAAACACACUGUAAUAUCCUAUUCGAAUGUCCUUUAAUUGAUUGGAUUUCUGCCCAUCGUUUACAAAAUAUACAAUCUUAUUCGGGAAUUUAUCCAGCUUCCAAGU